AAAAGGUUAUCUCUUUCACGUUGUUCGUGAAACCAAGUCUGAAUCUUUAAAUUGUCUUUAAAGAAAAUGAUAGCCAACAACACGCUGUUUUUAGUUGACUCUAAAUCUGAAUAUUCCACACAAUAUGCCAAAAUCCAUUUAUACAUUAAUUCAUACUAUUUCUAUAAAUAGUAAAUAUUAAGUCCACAAGAUUACAACAAAGUGUGGUGAACAUACUCAAAUCACAAGGGUCUUUGAGUUUUAGAAAAAUGGGUUUUCUUUUAAGAUUUUCAUUUUCUAGUUUUUUAUUAGUACUAGGUUUGGUUUUGAAUUUGGUGUUUGUUUGUAAUGGAGGUACAUCUAGUACUUUUGUUAGGAAAGUUGAGAAAGCUACUGAUAUGCCACUUGAUAGUGAUGUUUUUCAUGUUCCUUCUGGUUAUAAUGCUCCCCAACAGGUUCAUAUAACACAAGGUGAUCUUGUGGGGAGAGCAGUAAUCGUAUCGUGGGUGACCGAGGAUGAACCAGGGUCAAACGCAGUACGUUACUGGAGUGAAAACAGCAAACAUAAGAAGCUAGCAUCAGGGAAAGUUGUAACUUAUAGAUACUUCAAUUACACAUCUGGUUUUAUUCAUCACACUACUAUUAGGAAUUUGAAGUACGACACCAAAUAUUACUACGAGGUUGGGCUUGGAAAUACAACAAGGCAGUUUUGGUUUACAACUCCUCCGGAAAUUGGUCCUGAUGUUCCAUACACAUUCGGUCUCAUAGGGGAUCUUGGUCAGAGCUUUGAUUCAAACACGACACUUUCACACUAUGAAUUGAACCCAACAAAAGGGCAAACAGUGUUGUUUGUUGGAGAUCUCUCGUAUGCAGAUAAUUACCCGAACCAUGACAAUGUUAGAUGGGAUACUUGGGGAAGGUUUGCAGAGAGGAGCGUUGCUUAUCAACCGUGGAUAUGGACUGUAGGAAACCAUGAAAUUGAUUUUGCUCCUGAAAUUGGCGAAACCAAACCAUUCAAGCCUUAUUCUCACCGAUACCGUACUCCUUAUAAAGCAUCACAAAGUACUUCACCAUUUUGGUAUUCUAUCAAGAGAGCUUCAGCACACAUCAUUGUCUUGGCCUCAUAUUCAGCAUAUGGAAAAUAUACACCACAAUACAAAUGGCUUGAACAAGAGCUACCAAAAGUUAACAGGACAGAAACUCCAUGGUUGAUUGUUCUAAUGCAUUCACCUUGGUAUAACAGCUACAAUUAUCAUUAUAUGGAAGGGGAAACAAUGAGAGUAAUGUAUGAGCCAUGGUUUGUUAAGUACAAGGUUGAUGUUGUCUAUGCUGGCCAUGUGCAUGCCUAUGAACGUUCUGAACGUGUCUCGAAUAUUGCAUAUAAUAUUGUAAAUGGUAUUUGCGCUCCUAUAAAAGAUCAAUCAGCUCCUGUAUACAUAACCAUUGGAGAUGGAGGGAACCUUGAAGGCUUAGCAACCAACAUGACAGAACCACAGCCAAGUUACUCGGCAUUCAGAGAAGCCAGCUUUGGACAUGCCAUUUUCGACAUAAAGAACAGAACACAUGCUUACUAUAGUUGGCACAGAAAUCAAGAUGGUGACGCUGUUGAGGCUGAUUCCCUUUGGUUUUUCAACAGAUUCUGGAACCCAGUUGAUGAUUCCACUCGCCACGGUUCCCAUUAACAACUCAUUGAUUUACUGAUCUUUUCCGAAGAUUACUCAUUUGUGAUGUUAAUCAAUAAAGUCAUGAUUUUGCAAUAAUUGUUUGUGGUUCAAUACCACCAUCAGUUAUGAUGAUCAUUACCUUUCAUUUUAGUUUGUAUUAUAAAUUCAAAGGAGCAAACAUUUUCUAUUAUGUGCAACUUUUUUAUGUAAAAGUUAUUAUAGGUACUGAUACGAACUUGGAUUUAAGAAAGGAAAGAAAGUGUAUUGACUCUGAUAAGAAUAUAAGACUCUGAUAAGAAUAUUUGUGA